AUGGAUCCAUCAAAAUCCAAAAAUGAAAGCCCCAAUCCGGCCACCAACCUUCCUCCACCCGAUCCCACGAAACCCGCAACUCCUGCCAAUCUCGAAGGCGUCCAGGCAAUCCCAAUGCCACCCCCAUCAACCUCCACCCCCGAUCUAGCCCCAGUCAACCGGCGCGAGUACCUGGCCCGUCCAAAGGUCGUCCACAUCGAGGACACCCUGAAGCGGUUCGACGCCCUGCUCGACACGAAAAGCAAAACCAACCUCCAAAAAUUGGCCUCCGAGCAGCGAAAGGCGCGGGCGGUGACCAUUCGCGACCACGUCAGCUGCGCCAGUCCGGUGCCGGAAGUUCGUCCGCGACCUGCCAGCGCCAUGGACGACCAGCAGCGCGAGCAGUACUACCGAGGGCUGUCCGAACCCAAGGCGUACUGUUUGAAUGACACGUUGCAGCGGUUCGGCGAGUUGCUGGAAGAUUCUAGAAGAGCGAAUCUGGAGGAAAACGUGGGGAAGCUGCUUUCGGCGAGGGAAUCCAGCACCAGCCAGCAUUUGAAGCAUUGUCCGUCCAAUGUAGCUAUGAAAAUGCCGCCCGCGCUCGGAGUGCCUCCGCCGGGUUACAACGCCCUGGAAGUUGCCAAAAGCAGCAGCAUCGCUGAUCCACCUCUGCGCAUCCUGGAGCUGACGCUGGAACGCUUUGGACCGCGGAUGGCACCCGAAACGAAGAAGGAGUUCGAGUUGAAAGUGCAGGAGUUCAAAGCUCAGAGUGAUCUUAAGUUUAAAGAACACACCGAUAACCACGCCAGAAACGAAAAACAACCAGAAAUCGCUCUGCAAAUGCCAAAAACCUUACCAGCGGAUUACGACCCGGUAGCGGCCGCCGAAACCAGCAAACUGUCUUGGCCGAAUCAGCACGUGAUGCAGGACACACUGACCAAAUUUGGCGGCACGCUCAAGUCGGAAGCCACACAAAGUAUGAGGGAGCGCAUCCAGGAUCAAAAGAGUCGACGACAAGAAACACACAAGCAACACUUGCACGAUUGCAAACUGCCACAAGCUCCUCGUGCAGCGCACGUUCGUCCUUCGCCGGACUACGAUCCAGUUGCUGUGGCCAAAGCGAGCAAAAUUUCGAUUCCGAACAAGCACAUCCUCAAGGAUACACUGGAUCAUCACGGAAAGGUGAUCAAACCUGAAGCGCGAAAAAAUAUGCAGCAAAUGAUUAAGGAUCGAGAUUUGGACAGAAAAACAACCCACAAACAGCACACCGCCAACUGCAAGUACAUGAAAAAAGCAAGAGCUGCCACACCGAAGCGUGUUGCACCUCCACCGGGGUACAAUCCGGCCGAGGUGGCCAAGACGAGCAAGGUGUCGAGGCCGAACGAGCACAUCCUCAAGGAUACCCUUGCUCAUUACGGUAAGGUCCUGAAGCCAGCUGCCCGCGAAAGCAUGCAGAAGAUGAUCAAGGAUCGCGGUUUGGAAAGACAAACCACCCACAAACAGCACCUGCACGAUUGCAAGCUUCAGAAACCACCCCGAGCACGCGAUGUCCGCCCUUCACCGGACUACGACCCCGUUGAGGUGUCCAAAACGAGCAAGGUGUCGAGACCCAACAAACACAUCCUCCAGGACACGUUGGAGCACUACGGUCCCAUUCUGAAACCGGAAGUUCGCGAGAGCAUGCAACGAAUCGUUGAAGCACUGGACUUGGACAAGAAAUCGACCCACCAACGCCACACCACAAACUGCCACUACAUGGAGGACGUCCUGGCUGCUACUCCGCCAAGUUUCCCUCCACCACCCGGGUACAACACGGACGAGGUUGCCAAGACUAGUAAAAUUGCCCAACCGUACCGGCACCGUCUCCAGGAAACGCUUGACCGCCAUGGCCACUCGUUGCCCGAACGAGCCAAAGAGUACCUGCUGAAGAUGUUGGAAGAGCAGCGAAAUUUGAGAGAGGUCAGUACGCGUUGCCACCGAAUCAACUGUCACCUUCCGGAACCUCCGGAACCCCGCGUCCUGCAUCAUGCCUACAGCGAGAAGAACAUCGUCAGCGUGAUUGAAAAGUUCAAAACCAAGCUCAAACGAGAAGCGUUUGACCACCUGGCGGACAACGUCUUCGCCCACCUCCCAGACCUGGUCCUCGCCACGGACAUUGCCAAACUCGCCAAGCUCGACCCGGACCGCCAACGGCUGAUCAACGUCCUGUACAGCACGGUGGCCAGCUACAACGGCAAACCGCUGACGGCCCACGACCACGAGUUGUACGUUCACCUGGCCACCGGACUGGCUAGCUUUACCUGGGACGUGAUUGAUGCGGUGCAGCGGGAAAAGGAUGCCGCGGAUAAGAAGGAGGCCGUUUCGCGGCAGGAAGUUGGCCGCAACAGCAUGACGACGGAGAUUUUUGGCCAUCUGGCGCGCGAUAUGGCCAACGCGCAGGGAAACCGGAAUGUGCUGAAGAGGGUCGAGUCGAGUUUGGUGGGGGAUGCGUUGAAGAAGAAGGACCAGGCGGUUCCAUCGUUUUGAGAGAGUUUUUGUGAGCUUUUCACAGCUGCCAUCUGUGAGCGAGUGGCGGAACUUGGAAUAAGCAAUUUGGAUAAAGUCAUUUCACGGUUUAACGUCACUUUUCUGAAAGCUUCGGUGAUUUGAGUUAUGUUGACGAAAAAUGUAAA